UUACUGUAACCACAGUAGCAGUAGGCCCGGCGGGCUUUCUUUCUUUCUCCCUACGCGGAUAUGGUAGAGGAGCGAACUCAACCCGGUCCCAUUGGACCGAGCAUGCGAGCGAGGAGGGGAGAUUCAGAGGAAUCUCCUCGCUAGAGACAAACGCGAGAAUGUGUGCGGAGGUUCGAGAGGGCGCCAUCCAGGGGGACCUAAGACCGCACCGUGGAUGUGUCCAUAGGCGGAGUACCUGAGUGCUCCUUUGGACUUUGGAGGGGUCGGAAAGCUCGGAGAGCUCGGAGGCAUGGGCACUCGAGUCGCCCUGCGGGUGGAUCCGCCCUGGCCAAGCCGACGUCAUGCGCUCCAUGGCCUGAGAUGCGGGAAGCAAGAUCGACUGCAAUGCAGUCCGUGGGCAGAAGAGGCGCCACUCGAAUCUCUCACGCCUUUCCUGGCUCUACAAUCUCCGCUCGCUCUUGCCCCGAUGCUCCCCCUCAUCCUUCGUCCAAACAUGCGAUCUUCCCCCUCCUUUUCCUCGUCUGAAUUGUUUUGUCCCGGUCUUCGGAAGACUUCUUUCAGAUGAUGGUGGGUCUUUGUCUGGCUUCUGUGAACUUCUCGAAUAAGAACGUGAUGAAUGGCAUAUGAAGGCUCUCCAGAUUAUUUGCAGUAAGUAGUUGGUAGUUGGUAUGGGGAGGAAAGGCGAGGCUGACAACAAGCUAUCAAAAGGUGUAGGCUUUACUUCUUAUGAUGAAGACGGAUGAGGGAGUGAUGCGAAACUGAGCGUUUACGUGAGCGCAUGCGCCACAUUCAUCUGUUUCGUACCAUCCUGCAGGAUUUCGACACAAAGUUUACAAAUUCUCUUUGAGAAAAAUUGCAAUUAACUGACCCCGAUGAAAAAGGACAAAUAGAAGACCUUGUUUCGAAUCUCAAAGAGAGGACUACAGUAUGGGGUGAAUGUCAUGACCGCUCAACGCACCUCGAAUCAACUGCACUGUCGGAUCUCAGGAUUUAUACCUCACGGCUACUUGUUGCAUAAAGUACUACAGUGUCUCUAAUUCUUCAUGGAACAUAUAGUUGAACGGUUUACUUUCCAAGGCUACAACUAUUCAUGCAAGAAAGGUCACUCACAUCCUUAGCACAUGCAGAUUCCAGUGUAGACUCAAGACUUGUGGCCUAAACUUCUCGUAAUACGUCAGUUCCCUUGACUCGAAACAAUUUCUCGGUGCCUAACUUCUUCCCAUUUGCUCUACUCUUACUAUUUAGUUUUUUGUUGAUAUUUAUCCAACUAAAAGUGAAAUCAAACAUGUUUAGCC